AUGGCUGUGGACAAACACGACCAAAUACGUCAUACGAGUAUUAUCAAGGGAUCCGAUGAUGUAGAUGCAUCAUACGAUUCAGAUGAUGUUUUUGAUGACGAAGAGACCACUCCUCAAGUUUUGAAAACGGAUAGCGAAGAGUCAAAGAAAACCAUUACAUCGACACAAUCUCAACCUACUAGUGUUCAUUCAUUGAAUAAUUCCGAUGAUAAAUUUGUUAAUUCUGACGGGCAGUGUCGUUCUUUACAUAACCAACGUGAUAAUCGUCGUCCUGGCCUGUAUUUUUGCUCUCCGUCUCCUAAUUUUCAAAACCAUACAAAUGAUCAACGAUUGCCAGUCUUUGAUAUGCGCCCGACACAUUCGCUAGUCAGUCUUUUUCAUCCUCAUCCUAACUCACUGAAGCAAGAACUAACCGAUGAUAGCGGCCGAGGAGACUCGUUGGAAAAUAUCCCAGCACGAACUCCCGUAGACAAAAGUGGUAAUUUUACAAUGGUUGAAGUGCAUGGACAACCCGGAGUCACCAUUCUAAUGAAGAACCGUUUUGACUUCGAUGCGACAAAACUCGAAGAACAUCGAAAGAAGAAGAGAUCUCUGAGAAUCCUCAGUCCGAAACAAGGCCCACCAACAAUCGGCAAAUCGUCGGGUUUCUUUGGGCGUCUAUCACGCUCUUCGAAAGCUUCAACGAACGAAUCAUAUGCUGAUCAGCCAGUUCACCGCCAUCAUUCCUCGAUAAAUGAGUGCAAAGACAACGUAUGA